UACCAUGGACGAAUUACCUUCAGAGCUCGUGGUGAAAAUCCUGAACCGCCUCAACGAUUCCGCAGACCUAGCUCGAUCCCGAGUCGCGUCCAAGAGAUUCAACUCCCUUUGGAGAGAAGUUAACGCCGUGAAUCUCGUAUGCACUUUGUCCCGCUACUCCAAAUCGCGUUCGAUCGCCGUGACGCCGUUCAAGACGGUAUUCAUGAAUCUGAUUGAAGAUUCACGCAACGUUAGGUCUGUUUCGGUUGGGGUUGAUAAGGCGCUCAGCGGGAUGUCGUUUGACGAUUUGGUUGAAGAUGAUUCGGAUGAAUUGUAUUUGACGGAUAUUGAAUUCGUGAAGGUGUGGUUGCCUAGGGUUUGUGAUGAUUUGGAGGUGUUGUCGAUUUCGGAUUUUUGGAUUCAGUCUUGUUGGCGAAGGUCGGAUGUUUUGGCGAUUAUUUCGUCUAACUGUAGUAAGUUAGUCAAACUAGAGGUGAAGAAUGCUUGGCUCUCUGUUGUUGGUCUAACUCAGAUGUCUAACCUCAGACAUUUGACACUGGAGUUCAUCAGACUCGACGAUGAGAAUCUAGAGAAGGUCAAUGAUUGUUUCCCUUUUCUUCAAGUACUGAACUUGAUUGGCGUUGGUGGACUUAAGGAGCCGAAGAUCCAUUUUCUGCACCUAGAAAGUUGCCAUUGGACAGUGUCGAAUGCUCCACUUUCCCUGGCAAUUGUUGCGCCAAACCUCCUUGAACUCAGGCUGAAAUGCAACAAACCCAAGUCUCUAGUUUUGGAAACACCCAAGUUGGUGAAGUUUUCUCUUUCUGUAGAUGACGCUGAAGGUGUUAGUUUCUCAGAGUUUCGAGAAUUGGAUACUUUAGAGGUUAUGUCUCCUGAUAUGUACAGGCUAAUCACAAACACUCGUUUUGGGAACAAGAUCAGAAAGUUAGCAGUGGACUCAGUCAAGUCGAUAGAAGAUUCUGAAAGGCUGAAAUUUGGAUUGGGAACAAUCCUCGAAGCAUUCCCUGUCAUCGCUUCUCUUACUUUGAGUCAUGUGACUUGGUCAAACAUUAAAACCCAUUUCCAAAGCGGUGGUCUAGUACAUAUGAAGGGAACAGAUACCCUGAAGCAAAUAACAGCACGUGUUGAGACGUCAGAUUAUACAGACGUUUCUUUCAUCAGGUCUAUACUCAAUAACUGUAAAGGUUUGACAGACAUGAGACUGAUGAUGCAUCAGGACACAGAUCCUGGAGUUAGAGAUUUGCUGAUUUCUGCGUGCACAAUGAGUAACCCAAGAGUGAGGUGGAGCUGGGGAACGUGGUCUGAAGGAGGUGAAGACAUUUGGGUCUCAAAUGGCACCUAAGGCAUAUAAGUUCAAGUCAGUAACUUGAAUUCUUCUGUAUAUACUUAUGAAUUGUGAUAGAGGGUUGGUAACCAAGAUUCCAGUUUGAUGUGAUGUAUAUCAGAUGUUGUGCUGAAUCCAUAGAGUUUGUAUACAAAUAUAGAUAGUAAGUGACCAUGUAAUAACUAUAGUUUUGCUGUAUAUACUAUAUAGUUGUGUUGCUGUUUGUUAAUUUU